CGUAUUCUUGAAUCACGUGUAACAAUGGUAAAUUACAAGCUAGUGGGAUAUUUAAAGGAGGGACACUCUCAGCCUUUGUUUGGGGUACAGUUCAAUCCUUUCCUUCCUGAGAAAAGAAUAUUUGCCACAGUUGGAACCAACAGGGUUACUGUCUAUCAGUGUGUACCUGAUAAUCAGAUAGUACCUAUUCAGUGUUAUACUGAUGCUGACGCGGAAGAAAAUUUCUAUGCAUGUACAUGGAGCCUGAGCGACAGCGGAGAGGUGUUAUUAGCAGUGGGCGGAGUCAAAGGAAUAAUUAGAAUAUUAAGUACAGAUACAAUGCAGUGCAUUAUUACAUUUACAGGUCAUGGUAAUGCUGUGAAUGAGUUACAGAUUCAUCCAAAAGAUAAUAACCUUUUUUAAAGAUCAUCUGAGGCUCUGGAAUAUAAGACAGCCAUUUCUGUUACCAUGUUUGGAGGCAUGGAUGGUCACAGAGACAAAGUCUU